ACUGUUAUGGUCCUGUCAGGGCGCCGGCUUCGCGGUGCUGGGGCGGUCGCCACCGAGGGGACCUUGGUGGGGCUGUGUCAGGGGCAGCUCAGCAUCCUGUUACGCUCGUCGCGGGCCACGCCGCAGCCUGCACCUCCCGGGUCUCCGGCAGCACCGUAGGGCGCGCGUGCGGGUCGGCGCCGCGGCCGCCUUGGGGCGCGGGCCCAGCCUCAGCCUCCUCCACCGCCGCCGGCCCCGAGCGGCCGCGAUAUGCAGCCGCCGGGCCCGCCCCCGGCGUAUUCCCCUACUAAUGGGGACUUCACCUUUGUCUCCUCGGCCGACGCGGAAGAGCUCAGUGGUUCAAUAGCAGCUCCAGAUGUCAAGUUAAACCUUGGUGGAGAUUUCAUCAAAGAAUCUACAGCUACUACAUUUCUGAGACAAAGAGGAUAUGGCUGGCUUUUGGAAGUUGAAGAUGAUGAUCCUGAAGAUAACAAGCCACUCUUGGAAGAAUUGGAUAUCGAUCUAAAGGAUAUUUACUACAAAAUCCGUUGUGUUUUGAUGCCAAUGCCAUCACUGGGUUUUAACAGACAAGUGGUGAGAGAUAAUCCUGACUUUUGGGGUCCACUGGCUGUUGUUCUUUUCUUUUCCAUGAUAUCGUUAUAUGGACAGUUUAGGGUGGUAUCAUGGAUUAUAACCAUUUGGAUAUUUGGUUCACUAACAAUAUUUUUACUGGCCAGAGUUCUUGGUGGAGAAGUUGCAUAUGGCCAAGUUCUUGGAGUUAUAGGAUAUUCAUUACUUCCUCUCAUUGUAAUAGCCCCUAUACUUUUGGUGGUUGGAUCAUUUGAACUGGUGUCUACACUUAUAAAACUGUUCGGUGUGUUUUGGGCUGCCUACAGUGCUGCUUCGUUGUUAGUGGGUGAAGAAUUCAAGACCAAAAAGCCUCUCCUGAUUUACCCAAUCUUUUUAUUAUACAUUUAUUUUUUGUCCUUAUAUACUGGGGUGUAAUCUAAGUCAUAUAUGAGUAGGAAAAGACAAUGUUACCUUUGUGUGAAGGCUGGGAAUUCUUGCUGAAGGGAUUGAAGAAAACCUGUUGCUGGUAAAAUUUCACAUGUUCCAGAUGUAAAGACAGGUUGAAGGUUUUUUAAAAAACAAUAUUUUUUGGUAUUUAAUUAAGCAAUUACAGUUACCUGGAUUUUUUUUUUUGGUCAGAAUUAUCAAUUCUGUUUGAUUCUUCAUAUUACAGUAAAUAAAAUAUAAAAGCAUUGUGUUUUUAAGAUUGUGUCAAUAUUCUCCUUAAAAUUUGUGCCAAAAGACCUGGAAUGGUAAUCAUACUUCACUUAAAGGGUAAAGAUGACAACAUCCUGAUAAUCUACAAGUGCAAUUUUUUUCUUUAAAGGGUUUUCUCCUACAUUGCAAAUCCUGUAGAUAUAUAUCUAUUUAUACAUAUAUAUUUAUGAAAUAAUUCUUAUUAUUCACAAAAUAUAUUUCUGAAUAGCUGAAAACUUAAGAUAUUUUCAAUCUGAUGCUUAAACUUUCUUUAAUUUGGCCAUUAAUCUUUUUGUUUGUAAAUUUAAAUUUGUUUUUUAAAUUGUAUAUAAUUUUAAAAAUCACAUACAUGCUUCAGUAUAUCCUUGUUCAGAAUUCUUAAUAAUAACAACUAAAACUAAUUUUAACAUAUGUUGAUGUACAUUUGGUUUGUUUGGGUGUUUUUAAAAACUGUUUGAAUAUCUAACCAUUAAAAGUUUCUGUUUAUCUUUCUGACCAAAGGAGCAAAAGGUAUAAUGGAUAUGACAUUCAUUAAGAUUGUCAGUAUGUAGAAAAGCACUAAUAUUUAUAGCAUCAGUAAGUAUUUUUAAAUGGUAUUUCUAAUCCAAAAGUUACUGGAAAGAGACCUUUAAAAUCGUGUGAUCCUGAACAAUGUUACAUGAAGUACAAAAAAAAAUAAAAUGUUUCCCAGGUUUGUGUUUUGCUUUAUAACAA